CGCCGAUUGCUAUCUGUUAGCUAGCUACGUUGUUUCCCUCCAUCAACACUGAGCAGAAACAGAAAGUCAGCAAGUUGAUGUCCUAAACUGACAACACCGGAUUCACGUUUGCCACAAAUACCCAGCCUUUCGAGCGAGAAACUCUUUAUUGGACGUUUGGUUAAGGAAUCACCGGAUAAUAAACGACAUAUGCAGGCUCUAUAGCAGUGCAAGAUGUUCAACAAAUCUUUUGGUGCUCCCUUUGGGGGAGGGACAGGAGGAUUUGGGACUUCUUCUACAUUUGGGCAACAAAAUGCUGGCUUUGGAGCAACAGGAGGCUUUGGAUCUUCAGCGUUUGGGGCGGCAAACACCACAGGAGGAGGACUGUUCGGGGCCACCCAGAACAAGCCAGGUGGUCUCUUUGGCUCAAGCACUUUCAGUCAGCCCGUCACCUCCUCCACCAGUAGUGGCUUCGGGUUUGGUGCUCCUAGUGGCACGUCAAACAGCCUUUUUGGAAACACCAACACCGGAAGUGCAGGACUGUUUUCCCAGCAGAAUAAUGCCUUCGGUGCCAACAAACCAGCCUCGUUUGGCACUUUUGGUACCAGCACCAGUAGCGGUGGAUUGUUCGGGACAACCAACACAGCAUCCAACCCAUUUGGAGGAACGUCAGGCUCUUUGUUUGGGGCGUCAAGUUUCACUGCUGCACCCCCUGGCACAACAAUCAAAUUCAAUCCACCAACUGGUAGUGACACAAUGGUAAAAGGUGGUGUGACAACCAGCAUUAACACCAAACACCAGUGCAUCACUGCAAUGAAGGAAUAUGAGAACAAAUCCUUAGAGGAAUUGAGGUUUGAGGAUUACCAGGCUGGUAGGAAGGGUCCUUCCAACCCUAUGGCAGCUGGUACAGGUGGUCUCUUUGGACCGACAGCCGCAGCUACUCCCAGUACCGGCACUGGACUCUUUGGCUCCUCCGCUCCAAACACUGGCUUCAACUUCGGCCAGAACAAGACUUCAUUCGGCACGAGCACCGGGGCAUUUGGGACAACCACAGGAAGUUUGUUUGGUCAGCCGCAGCAGCAUCAACAGCAGCAACAACAACAGCAGCAGCAGCAACAGCAGCAAGCUUCCAGUCUCUUCAAACCAUUUGGAUCAGCCACCACCACCCAAAACAACACUUUCUCCUUCGGCAACACCAAUACCAUGGGCCAGCCCAACACCAGCACCAUGCAGGGGCUGUUUGGCAACACGGCUGCCUCUCAGGCCGGAGGACUUUUUGGAAACACUAACACGAGUACUGCCGCAGGCUUUGGCACAGGAAUCUUUGGUCAAACUAACACCGGAUUUGGAAAUGUGGGUACACAGAAUCUUUUUGGUAAUAAGCCUGCAGGAUUUGGCACCACCACCACUAGCACACCCUCCUUUGGUACAGGCACCGGUCUGUUUGCAAAUAAGCCUACACUCACUCUAGGGGCAAACACGAACACCUCAACCUUUGGAUUCGGUGCAACUGGUGCUGGUGGGGGUCUUUUUGGGAACAAAACUGCUGCAACAGGACUGGGAACAGGAUUGGGAACUGGUUUCGGAGGAGCUGUAGGGACUGGCCAGACGUCAUUGUUUGGGAACAACCAGAACAAGCUGGGCUCCACCUUGGGGUCAAUGGGCACCUUCGGGACUGGAGGCUUCAACACCGGAGCCAACACUCUGAAUUUUGGUGCUACUCAACAGCCUGUGGCUCUGACUGACCCGAGUGCAGCAGCCGCUCAGCAGGCCGUCCUCCAGCAGCAGAUCAAUGCAUUGGCCUACUCUCCUUUUGGAGACUCACCCCUCUUCAGAAACCCACUGUCGGACCCCAAAAAGAAGGAAGAGCGUCUCAAGCCCACAAAUCCAGCUGCCCAGAAAGCCCUGACUACCCCCACUCAAUACAAACUGACCCCUCGUCCUGCCACCCGUGUGCGUCCCAAAGCUCUUUCCUCCUCUGGCUCCUCCAAAUCUCAGCUCUUCGAUGGGCUUGAUGAUGAUGAACCCUCUCUUAACAACGGAGCCUUCAUGCCUAGGAAGAGUAUAAAGAAACUUGUGUUGAAGAACCUGAAUAACAGCAGUCUGUACAACAACUCUGUGAACAGAGAGGUUGAUGAUUUAGCUUCCCCUUCAGAGUACCCACAGAAUGGACUCAGUCUGAGUAUGGAUGAUGGCGAGACUAGAGAAGGCACUAUGGAGAGAAGUAGGGAGGAUGAUCUAGAGGUUUCCAAGUUCUACACCAACCCGAUCACCAAACCCAUUCCACACGGCCAGCCAAGCCCCUUGCUACAGGACACCAUCUCGGAGUUCAACAUGCGGGGAACUGCCAGUCAUCGCAAUGGCUUGGAGGCCAGCAGUGAGGAGAUCUCUCUGGCUGAGGAUUCCAUUCAGGAGGAAAGAGAUGAGGAGCUGGAGGCUCAGAAACCUCCUCACCCAGCUGGGAUAGUUCUUUGCCGUGUAGGCUACUACACCAUCCCAUCCAUGGAAGAGCUGGGAAAGAUGUUGAAUGAAAACGGGGAGUGUAUUUUGGAGAACUUCACUGUUGGCAGAAAGGGCUAUGGGUCCGUUUUCUUCCCUGGUGAGGUGAAUCUUACCAACAUGAACCUGGAUGAGAUUGUGUACUUCCGGCGUAAGGAGAUAAUCGUGUACCCUGAUGACAAAGACAAGCCUCCUGUUGGAGAGGGACUAAACAGACGUGCUGAAGUGACUCUAGAUGGUGUGUGGCCCAAUGACAAGACAACGUGCUGUCAGAUCAAGAGUGUAGAGAGGCUGAAUGAGAUGAACUACGAGGGCCGACUCGAGGCAGCCUCGCGCAAACAAGGCGCACGCUUCUUGGAGUACCGACCCGAAACUGGAUCCUGGGUCUUUGAGGUGGCCCACUUCUCAAAGUACGGCCUGCAGGACUCUGAUGAAGAAGAGGAAGCCCCCCCGACCAAGCUGGACCUGAAGAAGCUGAAGACCGGGGGCCCCCUUGGGAUCGCACAGCUUCCACUGAACCAGCAGCAGAUGGCGCCACAGGCUCAGAGUACUGGAGUACUUGAGCUGCUCAGCCGCGUGUCGGAGUUGGACAGUGACAUGGCCGACAUUACCCAAGAGCACCCCGCGGACAGUGUUUUGGGUGAGGAGGAUGGAGAGAGAACGUCUUUGGAGGAGAACAAGCUGAGAUCUGAGACUCCUGUCGAGCAUGAGCCCGUGUCCUCAUCCAGCCAGAUCGCUUCCUCAAUGGGCAUCAACCCUCAUACCUUACAGAUUAUGAAGGCCUGUCUCUUUGCAGAGGACGAUGAAUGCGACUUGUUUCAAGAGCAUGGUUCUUCAAAGCUCAUAAUGGAUGUGGCUUCCCCCAAAGUUUUGCUUUCUGGACCUGGUCGGCCAUCAAUCGGAGCCCUGUUACAAACAAAGUUCACCUCAGGUGGAGGGCUUUUUCCCCAGUUCCCAGAGGCUCCUUUUGGUGGAAUACCUCAGAAGCUUAGCAAGUCAAUGGUGUCUGAAGCCCCAUGGCCAUCAUUGGGUCCAUCCUUCCUGUUGCCGGCCCCUCCUCCAGAACCUACGCUUCGGACCGUCGGGGCACGUAGGCUAGGUGGGCCAGUUCCUCUGGAGGCCUCGGUAACACUAGGGAAAGGCCGUUUACUGAUGGACGCGGCUCUGUUCAGAGGCCGGUCUUUCAGAGUGGGCUGGGGUCCCAACUGGACACUGGUGCACUGUGGAGAUCAACUUAGUGUCACAGAAACAAUGAAGGAUCAGGCAGCAGAGAGCAUGAGUUUUGGCUUCUUACCCAAACCAACCAAGAGCAAACAGAUCACUGAAAGUCUGUAUAAGGUGCGUAUGGAGCAGGUGGUCGGCCUGGAGCACAAGCAGUCGGCCGAGAGCCUUGCUCUUUACCACAGGCCUCUGGAGAUCAGUCUAAAGCACAGCACGAUCAACACCGAGGACUCCUGUCCUUUCAUUCAGCCAGCGAGAGGAGUGGACGCUCUGCAUGGUUAUGCAGAAUGGAUUGUGGAGGUCAACAAAGAGACAGGUGGAGGGGAUGCUGGCCUGGCCCAUUGGCAGCAAAUCUGGACUUUGUGUGCCGCCCUGUGGGGUCGUCUUGGCGACCGAGAUGUGGAGACUGAGCACUACUCGGACUACCAGCAGCAGCUCGAGAGGCGGAGGAGCUUCUCGCACUGGCUCUCUGUAACUGCAGCCGGGUGUAUAGAGGAGGAGGUGGGCCGGGCUCUUCAGCGCAACCACGUUGAGGCUGUUUUCAGUUACCUUACCGGUCACUGCAUAAGCAAGGCCUGCAAACUGUCCCAGAAGAGUGGGGACCAUCGCCUUUCACUGAUGUUGUCUCAGGCUGUGGGCUCUCAGUUUUGUAGAGAUCUACUGGCUCUGCAGCUCACCGACUGGAACAGGAUGCAGACAGACUCCUUCAUAGAAGAGGAGAGGCUGCGAAUCAUUGCUUUGCUUGCAGGCAAACCAGUGUGGCAGUCGACUGACAGUGUUAUAAACGUGUGCUCCGAGCUGGACUGGAAGCGGUGUGUUGCUGUUCAUCUCUGGUACAUGCUGCCUCCCACUGCCUCUGUAGCGGAUGCUCUCGCCAAAUACGAGUCUGCCUUUCAGGGUUCAGAGGAAGUGAAAAGGUAUGCUUGCCCUCCUUUACCUCCCUAUGUAGAUGAACUGGAGUUGUUGGGUUUGGAUGAAGAGAUGGAAGAGACUGAAUCCAGAAAGCCACUGUAUGACAUCUGCUUCCACCUACUUAAACUGUACAGUGACAGGCAUUACAGCCUACAACAGCUCCUUGAUCCCAGCACCGUAACUGCUGAUCAUCUGGAUUACCGGCUGUGCUGGCACCUGUGGAACGUGCUGCAGGCUCUUAACUACAAUCACCUGUCCACCUCAUGCCAGGCCUUGCUGCACACCAGCUAUGCCGCCCAGCUGGAGAGUGCGGGAUUUUGGGAGAUGGCUAUCUUCGUGCUGCUGCACAUACCUGACUCUGGACGUAGAGAGAGUGCAGUGCGGGAGAUGCUCAACUUACACUGCCCCCUUGAGGAGACAGAAGAGUCAAUGGAGAAGGAGCAAUUUCUUACGGAAAAGUUGCUGAUCCCCAUCAAGUGGAUCCAUCAGGCCAAGGCCAUCCGUGCCUGCAGAGAGGGAGAUAAACAUCGUGAAGCCUUGCACCUCUACAAGGCCGGCCACUGGAAUCACUGCCAUCGGCUGGUCAUCCAGCACCUGGCCUCAGACUGCAUAAUUAAUGAUAAUCAUAAGUACCUGCUGGAAUUCCUGGAGGGGUUGGCAGUGCCAGAGCGCAGUGUUCAGAUUCAGAGCUGGGACACGUCUGGACGGGUCUACCUUGAUUACAUCCAUGUCAUCCAGACACUGCAGGACAUCCAACAGGCUGAAAGCCCAGGUUAUGCGCUGGAGCGCCUGCAUACAGAGGUCAAGUCUCUCUGUGAGAGGAUAGAGCUCCUCCCCUGCUCCAAAGCUAAAGACAGACUUGCCCAAUCAGAGAUGGCCAAGCGUGUGGCUAACAUCCUCCGAGUGGUUUUGAGUCUCCAGCAGGGUGGUGAAGGCACCCCGGAUCCCAGACGCAUCCCUCUUUGCCAGCUUGCUCCACACAUUGGACGUCUACCCAUGCCAGAGGACUACGCUUUAGAGGAACUCCGCAGCCUUACUCAGUCGUACCUGCAAGAGUAUGUUAUCAGUCACUGAAUAUCAAGAUCUAGGUUUCUCGAUCAGUUAUGCAGAAGUAACAUGAGUCUUGAGUGGAAUUACCUUCAGCACUCUAAUUAUAUGGCUGUUUCAGGCCGUGGUUGAACUUUUGAUGCAUAUUUAGGCACAAUACUUGUGAAUAAAGCAUUCCUUUGUGUGUUUGUGUAGGGUUUUUUUUUUUUUUCAUAUCCUGUUUUGUAGUCAUAGACAUGAUGUGUGAGUGUCUUUUAUAAUUAAAGUAUCUAUUUGAAAACAUCUGUUGACUUAAUCUGCCUAAGAUACUCAGAGGGAAAAUGAACACUUCAUUUGUCUAUUCAGUUACAUUUAAGUAUCAUCUGGUCCAUUCAAAGCUAAAAUAUAAUAUUGUGUUGUUUAGGGCCUACCUUAAACAAUUCUUUAAGACAUUUAAAAAAAAAAGGUUUCGACCGUUCUUUUCAGCCAUAGUGUUUUUAAAUCUUAGUGUGACCAUGUGUUGUAACCUUUUGUAAGUACAGUAUUUUUAUUGUUCCUAUGGAUUGCCUUGGUCUAUAAGUUGCAAGCGUGCUUUGUGUAAAUGAUAAGGUUGCUUAGCCUGUAAUGAGGGUUUUUUUUUUGUUUUUUUUUGUUGAAGAGAUUAAGCAUUUAUUUAAAACGAAUCUCUCCUCACAACAAAAAAAAUACUUGGCAACGAUAAAGAUGGGCUUAUCUAUUUUUGUAGUGUUUUCAACAUGGUGAUCUGGAAAACCUUAUUGUUGAAGGUUUACCGUAUGUAAAACUUAAUAAAUUCAAUGCUAUUGAUCAAAGAACGUUCAUAGAAAUCUAUUUUGUGGUUCUUAAGUGUUCAACAAUAUGUGACUGGCGAUUCUUAUAAAACUUUAAUUAAUGUCAACCUGACAUCUCUUCUGACUAGGAUAGGGUUUCGCUGAUGUAAUUACAUUACAGCAUUAUGUGAACCCUUCAUCCUCUGUGUUAUUUUGUGAAACAAAUGCCCCAGCCUCUAGUAAUGUGCUCGUUUCAUGUAAGGUUUAUUUUCUAAAAACAUUAAACUUGACUUAUGACAGAUUAUGCUUCAGAUAAUUAAGGUUUUGCUCUUUGAAUGGGUGCGUGUUUGCGGAUGUGCAUGAAUGUGCUUAUAUAUUAAAAAAAAUAUAAAACUACGAAUAAAAUACUUUGAAUUUCUAA